CAGUCCCUAUGCAGCGAGAGUAUGGGUGGAGUAUAGUUUAAAAUACAGUUUUAAAUGUAUCGAAGGGGUGUCCGGCGCGUCCUACGCCGCCUCUGAUAGCAGGGCUGGAGGAAAUGGCUGCUCGCCGGGAAAGUUUGUCCUAAAGCUACCGGACGUUGCGCUCUCGGUGUCUCGGACCCUCGGCUCUAAAAUGGCUGGCUGUAGGUCCGAGGAAGCUCCGGUGCAGAGGCGAGGAUCCGCACCACAUCGCGAAUGUGUGUAAAUAUACACGUUUCUUUACUCCGACCGACGCGUUAGUGGUGGCGUUGUCCCAGGUCCGAGAGCUGACAAGGCACACACGCACCACAUUAAUGGCAUUUCGGACCUAGGACUGUGCGUAAUGGCGUCCACCGCGGACAGAGCUCCCGGGUUUAUCCCCGACAGGCUUUCUUUUCUUUUUUUUUUUGAAUAAGGUCAUACUUGCGAAAUACAAUAUGAAUACUGUUCUAAGGCGAAUUUGAAAUAAAACGCCGUAAUGUUUAUGCUGCAUGUGGACGACAGAAGUAUGAGAGAGGAAAUGUUAUUUCGCUCACAUUCUUCGGACCCUUCCGUACUCCGGUGCGUUUCUCUGAAUUAUCGACUGCACCGGUCGACCCCUCGGUAAGAAAUUCGCUGAGCUGGGAUUUCGUAUCAUAUCCAGAAAUAUAAAUGAGUAUGCCCCAAAAUGGAUUCUCAGUUGGCUUCAGUCCUGACCAGUGGCAGCCUGAAUGUCCAAAAUGGCAGCCAGUGUGCAGAGGGAUCAGGGCCAGUGACAGAGGUUUUUCUGGAACCAAAGGAAAAAACCUCAUCCAGUACUGUACCAGGUAACCUCCAGUACUUCCCUGUCAAGGCAGCAGUGACCAUCAGGCAAGACGCUCUAUCAAUCAAUGGGAAAAAGCCAGAGGUGGGCGGGACUUGUAAGCCAGCCUCUCAGGAAACAAGCAAGAUUGUCGGGUUCAGACAGCCAAUCACAGUAAAGACUGGAGUGCCUGUGUUGCGCAGCCGACCAAUCAGACUCAAAAUUGUUGUUCCCCCACAGCGCAGGAGGCCAAUCACAAACUCUGCCAUCAGCCUGACCAAAGACUUUCAGUUUAGAAGGCCUGUUUCAGUCUCAUCUGGAGCAGUGAUCACAGAAAAACACAGAAGUAACAUCCAAGUAUCUGCUGGCAAGAAUGAAGGAGAAAUCAAGGGAGUUACUUAUCAACAGACUGAGGAUGACAAACCAGAUUCGUUCCAUGAGACAGAGGCAGAGAGACUGGAAAAAAUGUGCAAAGAGGGAGAUGUUUUGGGUGCUAAAAUCCACACUAAUGGGACAGAAUCUCCUUUAACCUCCAGCACUAAUACAUUUAAAAUACUGAGCAAGCAAGGCAUUAAAGAGGAAACCACAGAGGGAGAAACAGGGGAGAAUACUCCCAUAAUUUUCAGAGAAAUGGACUUCAAGUCCUGUAAGACGUUUGAUAAGGAGGACAUGGAGGAACAGACAGAACCACUGGACCUGAGUUUGCCCAAGAAAAGAGAGAGUCGAGAGAGGAGGUGUGGACGCUUUCUGGAAGAUUGUGGCUGUGAGAGCUUGCUGAUCAUGGAGGUGGAUGAAUAUGAGGGAGAAGGAGACAGAGACAUAGUAGAAGAGGACAACGAGGGGUAUCAAGAGGACUCUGUGCUGCAUGUGGACAGCACUGAUACACUUGAAGACUCUCUCCUGUCUCCCUCUUUCUUUUCUACCUCUGUCUUUACCUCCCUCUCCUCUAUAGACGGCGGCGACACUGACAACUUUCUUUUCAUAGAUGACCAGGGAAUCCCGUAUACUCUUAGUCCAGAUGGACUCAAAGUGCCGCAACUCGAUGCUUUCACGUCAGAGACUCCUCAGUCAGAUCAGGCUAAUUCAGCAGAGGUAGUAGGAAGGGGGUCGCCACGAUUGGCCCCCAUAGCAGAUCCGAGCCUCAGCCAAAGUUUAGAUAAUGCACUAAAUGUACCUUCGGAUGAUCAUAACCCCACACCAGCCCAUGCGACUGACUCUCUAUCUCUAGCUGUUGAUCAGGCAAAGACUCCAGAAGUCUUCACAAGUUUGAUUACAAACUCAGAUGGCUCUAAGGCCGCAGAGCCAAGCGUUACCUCUGUUCAGGCUAAUGCUGUUCUGUCCCCUUCUUCUGAGAUAUCGGUCCCCACCCAGCCCAUUCAGAUCCUCACAAACCCUUCUACCAACACUCCGAUUCUCCUGCUGUCAUCCUCCUCUUCCUCUUCUCAGUUCUCUUCGGCUCCAGUGGGUGUCACGCUUCCCUUUUCAGUUACCCAGACCGCAUGUGCUACAUCGGCCCCCAUGUUCCUCCUCCUUUCAUCUGUCCCUUCUUCCCCUGGUGACUCUGCCUCUGCCUCCACUCCUAUGGCUGUCCUUGACCCCUCAACUGGCCAGUUGGCCCAGAUCACAGCAGCCUCAGCCCCAGUCUCCCUCUCUUUGCCCUCUGGUCAAGUCAGCACCCUGGGAUCACCUCUGCCUCCGGUGUCUCACCCCAUCAUCAGACUGAGCCCCAAUAACCCCCCUGUCAUCCUGUCGGGAGUGAACAGUGUAAACUCCGGCUCUGUCCUCACCUCUCUUAUGGCUCGUUCAUCCCCCCCGGCUCUUCAAAACGACAACCACAGCAGCUCGAUUCCCCUCCUUCUUUCUCAAAUCAGCUCUUCCGAUUCAAAUUCUGGAAGUGAAGCCAUAUCUGUUGAAGAAGUCCCAAAUGAAAACAACAAGCCAUCGACUUCUACAGCAUCCUCUCCGCACCCACAGGCUGCUAGUUUGUCCUAUGACCCCUUAGCUCGGCCUGGUUCAGAGGCCCAAUCACCAGCCUCAGAGCCCCAAUUCGACCCGUCUGACCUGCACUCACAACAUUUACCUCUGGAUGACCAUCUUUACUUCUCCAACUCUGCAGCUCCUCCCUCACCUGCCAGCGAACUCAGUCUCUCCUCUGGUAAACUCAAGCCCCCUGACCCUCUCGAUCCACUGGAUCCUCUCUCUCCAGCGGCGUCACCCAACGCUAUGGGCCCUCGCAGGGUGCUGUACUGCCAGCUGUGCCCGCGGGUCUUCUUUUACCUCUCCGACCUUGAGCGCCAUGCCAUCACUCACUCUCAGAAGAAGCCCCACGUUUGUCAGCAGUGCGGCAAAGCCUUCAAACGCUCCAGCCAUCUGCAGAGACACAAGCACAUUCACACAGGCCAGAGGAACUUUGUGUGCCCCAUCUGCGGCAAACGCUUCAGGGAGGCCGGUGAGCUCCAGCGCCACCAAAGGGUCCACACGGGAGAGAAACCCUACCAGUGCCAACUUUGCCACACGCGCUUUGCCGAGCGCAACACGCUACGUCGACACACCAAACGCAAACACCCUUACCACCAAGUAGCCAUGGAAAUGCUGAACGAGAGAGGAGGAGGCGGUCGAGGAGCCGGAGGAGGCGGCGGCGGCGGAUCUGGAGUGCAAGAGCAGGAGAGCGCUGAAUGGUACAGCUCUACUGUAUCUAAUUUGGAUAACUCAGAGUCUGAGGGGGAAACUUAAAGACAUGCCUGCACGUAGGCUCCAAAGUAAAGGGACGAGAUCAUUUGUAACUCUGGUUAGACACUAAACUUUCCUUAUUAAUAAACAUUCAAAAAAGGGAGCACUUGCAAUUUUUUUAUUAUGAUUUUAAGGUAAAUUAUUUGUAUGAAUGUAUAUUAUUCCCAUUCCAUUUAAUGGUCCAAAAAUAGUCAUACAUGAUUUUGAGCCUUCCUGUAUGAAAAAUAUUGCGUAUAUGAAAGGGAAAGCUUAUGCUUAAAAUCAUGCUUUUUUUAUGCGAAUUCAAAAUAAUAAUGAGAUGAAAUUGCAUUCCCGUAAAGUUCACGAUAAAAAAAAAACCCUCAAGUGCUCAGAAAAGAAUGAUAACUUACUUUCUCUGAACAAUCCUCUGCUCUAGUUGUAUAUACGAGGAGUACUAUUUGUAAGAGCUGCACUUCUGCACUAUAUUCUGUGAAAGAUGUGAUCUAUCUUUCGUACCGUCAGAGACACUGUGAGUCAUUUGCACUUGUUUUACUUUAACUCAAUGUUCACUUUUUAUUGUGAAGGAAAAUGCCUGCUUCUUUUGUUGCAGCUGUCGAUUUUAUGAAUUGUGUUCAUAUCACUUAAGAAUUUUACCAUAUGUCUUGAUUAAUUUUAACCUGAACACUAUAUUCAUAUUUUUUGUUUCAUGUAAAUUAUGUUAACUUAUUUGAAUUAAACUUCUUUAA